ACACACACACACACAUAUCCCUGAAUCAAUCACAUUCAUUGUGAAUGGGAAAAAAAAAACAGCUAUAUAUGGAGAACUGAUGUCACAAGUGGUUGGAGCGCGACACCUAUAAGUGUCGGCGCAUCGGGAGACAGCGUGGCAAAGCUGUGAACGGCUCCACGUUAGAUCAGGCUCCAGUUCGGCAUCAGCGACGCAAUAUCCGUCACCAUGCAUCACCCGAGGAUGCCGGCGCUCAUCUUACUCCUGUUUGUAUUGCUGCGUUGCAUCGCCGCUGCCCCGAGCAACAGACACUCCAGUUCCAGCUCAUUCGGCGAGGAGGAGAGUGCCCUGCUGCCAGAUGGCCGAGAAAGUUCCGUGCCAAUGUUCCCUUUCUCCAACCCCUUCCUCGGCCUCAUAGCCACUCGAGAGGUCCCGGAUAAGAACAGCCAUCUCAUCCAGAAGAGAAAGUGCAACACGGCCACCUGCGUCACCCAAAGAUUAGCAGACUUUCUGGUGCGUUCCAGUAACACCAUCGGUACCGUGUAUGCGCCGACCAACGUGGGAUCUACCACCUAUGGCAAGCGGGAACUACUUCUGCCUCCCGACUACUACUUUCCGCUCUAGAACAGACGACAAAAACCAGUGAUGACCGUCUGAUGAUGACUGUACAAUAAAUAUGAAUU